AUGGCCUCUGCUACAAGAUACUACGCUGAUCCCGCCGAGGCCGAGAAAUUCGCAACGGCUCUCCUCACCAAGGCCGGCUUGACCGAGGAGGAUGCACGCUCAAUGGCCGAGUGCCUCGUAUUGGCUGAUGUUCGCGGCGUGGAUACCCAUGGUCUAGCUCGUCUGCCUCAAUACCUCGACCGCGUCAGCAAUGGCAGGGUCAACGCACGACCAAACCUCAAGAUCACCGAAAAGACACCAGUAGUAGCGCAUCUCGACGGGGACAAUGGCUUCGGGUUUGUUGUCGCAACACGGGGCAUGGCCGAGGCUACCAAGCGCGCUGAAAUUUACGGCAUUGGCAUGGUCACCGUUAACCACUCAAAUCACUUCGGCAUGGCCGCAACCUACGUCCUCCAAGCCCUACAGGCCAACAUGAUUUCCCUCGUCUUCACCAACUCAGCAAAGCAGAUGCCCCCGUUCGGAGGCAAAGAGACUCUCCUCGGGAUAUCUCCCUUUGCAGCCGGCGCCCCCUCAAACAACGAAGUCCCCUACAUCCUCGACAUGGCUCCCUCGGUUGUAGCCAAGGGCAAGAUUCGUCGGGCUGCGCGUCGCGGCGAGUCCAUCCCACUCGGCUGGGCUCUAGACGCAGACGGUAACCCAACAACAGACGCGAACGUAGCGCUAAACGGCAGCAUGGCACCUAUCGGGGGCCCCAAGGGCUCGGGAAUCGCCAUCCUCAUGGACAUCAUGUCCGGCGUUCUGACCGGCGCCGAGUUCGGCGGACAGGUCGGUGAUCAGUACAAGGAUACAAAGCCACAGAACGUUGGCCACUGCUUCAUUGCGCUUAAACCUGACGUCUUCUUCAGCGUGGACGACUUCAAAAUGCGCAUGGAUACGUUGGUGCAGAGGGUGCAUGGCGUCACGCCGGCGCCGGGGUUCUCUGAGGUUCUCUUUCCCGGUGAGCCGGAGCAUCGCUUGGGGCUGCAGCGGAGCAAGGAGGGUAUUCCGUAUGCGGAUGCAGAGAAAAUCAUGUUUGCUGAGGCUGCGAAGGAGUAUGGGGUUCCGGAGUUGGGGCUUUCGGAGACUCCGCUUUCGAGAUCAUCAGGCACGCACGAUGUUGAUUUCUGCAAGAACCCAACGUCCAAUCGUAUCAGUACUAUGCAACGCUCCGCAGACGACACCAAAUUCCCCCAGAAAAACCUUACGUGGCAGAUCCUAAACCAUGCUAACACCCAUGGAUAUGCAGUUGGGGCCUACAACUGCUACAACACGGAGGGAGUAAUGGCCGUUAUCCGAGCGGCAGAGCAGCAACGCUCAGCCGCGAUUAUCCAGCUGUUCCCCUGGACAAUGCAUUUCCAAGGCCCGGAGUUCAUUCGCUACGUUGUCAGCGCCGCUCAUGCUGCUACAGCCCCAGUAGCGGUACACUUAGAUCACUGCAUCAAGGCGGAGGAUGUCGAACUUGCAUUGACUCUACCAUUUGACUCCAUUAUGGUCGACGCCUCGACAGAGGACGAGGAAUCCAACAUUCGGUUUUGCAAAAGCAUUGUUGAGCGCGCCCGUGCCUUGAAUAUCACGAUCGAGGCCGAGAUGGGCCGCAUUGAAGGUGGGGAGGACGGUCUCCCCAAUGUAAACAUGGAAGGAGUCAUGACCAAACCAGAGGACGCGGAAGCCUUUGUUCGCCAGACAGGGGUGCACUUCCUGGCGCCCUCGUUCGGCAAUAUCCACGGUGGGUAUCCGGCUGGGGGUGCGGAGGAGGCGUGGGAUCUUCCGCGUCUUGGGGCAAUCGGAAAAUUGGUUGCAUGUCAGACUCCAUUAGUUCUGCACGGCACGCAUCCAGUUUCCCAUGAACUCUUCCAGAAGACAAUUGCUUGUGGAGUUCGCAAGAUCAACUUGAACCGCACUGUCAGAGACGAGUAUACCCGGUUUGUUGCCGAUAAUGCUGGCAAAUUGGAGUUGACGGUGCUGCAGGUGGAGGGUGUGAAGGUCUAUACGAAAUCCAUCGAGCGAAUGAUGGGGGUGAUGGGCUCUGCUGGCCGCUACUAG